AUGAAUUGUCUAACCUCCCUGGGCCAUGCUGUGUUAAAGUCCUGCGUUUGUGAGCCCGGAUUGGAGGGUGCACCGGGGCCCAAUGGUAAUCCCGGUCCAAAGGGUGAAAAAGGCAAUCGAGGCUAUCCCGGACUGCCGGGUGCCCAAGGACCAAUUGGUGCGCCAGGAUUCAAAGGUACAGUAGGACCAAAAGGCGUUCCUGGUCGUGGUAGUAAUAUAGUCGGCGCUGUUGGGCCACGCGGUCCUACGGGUGUCUGCCCCCCAUGUGCAAGACGUCGUUCCGCGUUUACUACCAUUGAAGCCGAACCAGAAGACGAUAGCAUUUAUAUGCUAACCGAAGAUGGAGAUUUGGUACCGGUGCGAAAAAUUCAACCAACACCAGAGCAGCGAUCGUUGAUUGAGAAAUAUCAGAGGUCACUCGACGAUGAGGGGGAAGAAGAAAAUAAAAAAUAA